AUGGCAGCCACGCCUACUCCUCUGCUAAGGGGUCUCUGUGAAUAUGUGAAGACGAACAACCUCAAGGGAAUUAUACUUCAACAUUUGCUGCUUGAUGGAGAGACACCAUGGACUGCUCCAGAUGUGAAAGAUCGAAUUCGCUCUAAUUCGCUUUUCACUGGCAGUAAUCUGAGAAAGGCUGUUAACGAAGGUGUUGCCGAUUUCAACUCAUGUUUUCUACAGGAAAUUCCGUUGCUUUUUCGCAGCGGGGCCAUCAAGCUCAAUACCGCUCUGAUCCAAGUCUCUCCACCGGACGCACAUGGCUACUGUUCUUUAGGCCCUUGUGUGGAUAUAACAAGAGCAGGAGCAGCAAAUGCCGACACUAUCAUUGGUCAGUGA